CAGAGUGACGCGCAUGAGGAAGCUUAAACCAUGGCUCUUCUUCGGAUCCUCUCCUGCCUUGCUUUUGUCAGUGCAGCUUAUGGCUGUGGGGUUCCUGCGUUUACUCCAGUCAUCACUGGUUAUUCCAGAAUUGUGAAUGGUGAGGAAGCAGUGCCUCAUUCCUGGCCCUGGCAAGUGUCUCUGCAGGACCAAACUGGUUUCCACUUUUGUGGAGGCUCCCUGGUUAAUGAGUGGUGGGUUGUUUCUGCUGCCCACUGCAAUGUGAUGACUUAUCAUCGUGUGGUGCUGGGAGAGCAUGAUCGUUCUUCCAACGCUGAGACCAUCCAGACCAUGAAGAUUGACAAGGUUUUUAAGCACCAACAGUAUAGCCCCUUCACCAUCAGCAACGAUAUCCUUCUGAUUAAGCUCGCCUCUCCUGCCAAGCUCAAUGCUCAUGUGUCUCCUGUGUGUCUGGCUGAGAGCAGCGACAAUUUCUCUGGUGGCAUGAGAUGUGUGACCACAGGAUGGGGCCUGACCAAAUACAAUGCUCCUGACACCCCUGCUAUUCUUCAGCAGGCCUCUCUGCCUCUUUUGACCAACGAUGACUGCAAGCGCUUCUGGGGCAGUAAAAUCACUGACGUAAUGAUUUGUGCUGGAGCCAGUGGUGUCUCUUCCUGCAUGGGUGACUCAGGUGGCCCUCUGGUGUGUCAGAAGGAUAAUGCUUGGACGCUGGUGGGUAUCGUGUCUUGGGGCAGCGGAAUGUGUAGCACCUCUACGCCUGCAGUCUAUGCCCGUGUCACUGUACUCCGUUCCUGGAUGGAUGGGAUCAUAGCAGCUAACUAAUAUACCAACAUUAAUAAAGAUGAUUUGAGAUCCUAA